AUGUACAGGCAGAUCAACAUUCACAAGGAUGACUGGGAGUUACAGCGGAUACUCUGGAUGGACGAUCAGCUCAACGAGGUGCCAUACCACUUAACAACGGUCACCUAUGGGACGAAGGCCGCGCCAUUCUUGACCGUAAGGACGCUGUUACAACUAGCAGAGGAUGAAAGACAUAAUUUCCCACUGGCUGUGCCAUCCAUCACUCACGGCAAAUAUGUCGAUGACAUAUUUGGUCGUGCAGAUAUGGUACAACAAUUGCAGGAGGUUGCACAUCAACUAAAGGACCUCUGCAUGGCGGACGGCUUCCCACUAGCAAAAUGGCAUGCAACUCACCUCGACAUACUCAAGACUGUCACCGACAGCCAAGAUCAAGGCUUACCAAUCACCUUCGACGAUUGCGCAACCAAGAUUGCGCAACUCGGACUCAAAUGGCUCCCUCAAGAAGAUACAUUUGCAUUCUCAACAAGGAACUCACGCACUGAAGGCAGACUCAUAAAACGCCUCGUCUUAUCUGAAGUGGCUCAGAUAUUCGAUCCACUUGGCUUUGCAUCACCCGUCGUGAUCAGGGCCAAAAUUCUCUUGCUGGAGCUGUGGCUGCACAAGCUCCAAUGGGAUGACCCACUGACAUCCCAGCUCUCAACCCGGUGGCUCAUCCUCAGAGAAGAACUCACAGGCUUGAUCAAGCUCUCAAUACCUAGGUGGUUCAACACCUGGUGCAACUCUUCUGUGGAACUACACGGAUUCUCUGACGCUUCUCAAUUGGCAAUGGCUGCAGUCAUAUACAUCUUCGUUCACGACUCAAACGGCGCCUCGAUUUCACUUGUGUGCUCCAAGACUAAGGUAGCACCUCUCAAGCGGCUCUCAAUCCCUCGACUUGAACUCACGGCUGCUCUACUGCUCUCUCGACUCAUGCAAUACGUCAAAGCCACUUUAAACAUGGACGUCACGUCAACUCACCUGUGGACGGAUUCUCUAGUGACACUCUCAUGGAUCAGAUCUCAUGCAUCACGCUGGAAGGAUUUUGUCAGAAACAGGGUGGCUCAAAUUCAAGAACUCACUCCAGACGCUCACUGGCGAUACAUCCCUGGAAAUUUCAAUCCAGCUGAUUGCGCAUCACGAGGCCUCACGACUGCUCAACUUCAAAACCACUCACUUUGGUGGACGGGACCACCAUGGAUACUCAAACCAGACUCAUGGCCGUCGCAACCAGCACUCUCCGAAGAGUUGAGUGCAACAGAAGCUCGCCCAGGCGUUUCAUUCGUCUCACGAUUGAGGGAGGUCCACGACUCAUUGCCUGUUAGACACAUCUCUCCAGAGACCUUGGAGAAAGCGAGGCUCUUCUGGAUUCAGGCAACUCAAGCAACGUACUUCUCUCACGAGCUCAAGGCGCAACAAGCAGAUUCACCGUUGGCAAAGGCACACGCAUUCGACAGAUUAACUGCGUACAUCGACGCUCAAGGAGUCAUUCGCGUCGGCGGACGACUCGCUCACGAAGCUCUCUCACUCGAUGCGAAACAACCUGCAAUAUUGUCUCGUCACUCUCAGCUAUCAUCAUUGAUCAUCGCUCACGCUCAUCAACGGACUUUACAUGGAGGCACGCAGCUUACGCUCUCGCACAUCCGACAACAGUACUGGAUUUUCGGCGGAAGAGCUCCUGUCAAGUCUCACAUUCUGCGGUGUGUCACGUGUGCUCGGCAGAGGGGGAUCCGUGCUCAUCAACUGAUGGGCCAACUACCCUUCUCUCGGGUUACGCAGGCACGACCGUUCACUCAUAUAGGUGUGGACUAUGCAGGGCCACUCACCGUCAAAACGUGGAAAGGAAGACGUGCCAAGACCAGUAAAGGCUGGAUUUGCGUUUUUGUCUGCUUCUCAACUUCAGCAGUACACCUAGAGGCGGUCAGUGACUACUCAUCCGAAGGGUUCAUUGCCGCCUAUCGACGCUUCUCAUCCAGACGCGGCAUUGCUCACACCUUACACUCAGACUGCGGCACCAAUUUCAUGGGCGCGGAUGCAGCUCUCAAAAGGCUGUUUAUCCAGAGCACUCAAGAACAUCAGCGAAUUUCUCACCUGCACUCGCAAGACAACACCCGAUGGGAAUUUAAUCCCCCAGCGACACCUCACAUGGGAGGAAAAUGGGAGGCCGUCGUAAAAUCGAUCAAACAUCAUCUACGGCGCACCAUUGGAGAAACCGUGCUCACAUGA